GUCUCCCCCACCCUGCCCAUGAACACCGAGGCCCCCCAGGGUUGCGUGCUCAGCCCACUUCUCUACACUCUUUUCACUCACGACUGCUGCUCCUAUUCUCCAUCUUCCCACAUGGUGAAAUCUGCUGACGACACAACAGUACUUGGCCUCAUCACAGGAAAUGAUGAGACCUCUUACAGGAGGGAGGCCGAGAGACUGGUAGACUGGUGCGGAGAUCACAACCUGGUUCUCAACACCACCAAGCCCAAGGAAGUGAGCAUCGAUUUCCGCAGGGCCAGACACCUCAUCCACUGCCCACUCCUAAUCAGAGGGGAGGAGGUAGAGAGGGUGUCCAACUUCAAGUUUCUGGGCGUGACUGUGGCCGACGAUCUGUCCUGGGGGACCAACAUGACCUCUGCCAUGGUAGAGAGCGUACUCACCUACGGACUACUGGUGUGGUUCUCCAGCUGCACCAGGAGGCCCUCCACAGAGUGGUCAAGGCUGCAGGGGGAUCAUUGGGAUGAGCCUCGCAGAGAUCUCCACAGUCUUCACCUCCCGCUGCCUACGCCGGGUGAACAACAUCCUAAAGGACCAGGUCCACCCAGCGCACCAUCUCUUCCAGCGACUGCCCUCUGGACGAAGGUACCGUUCCAUCCGCUCCAGGACCAACACUGACCAACAGCCUCUAUCCACAGGCUGUCAGACUGCUGAACGAACAACCUGCCCCCCGCACCCCCCCCCCCCCCCCCACACUCAAUAACUGUGAACUGGACUGCAUUGCUGGACUGUACACUAUUUUCCAUCUAUUGCAGGACUCACACAUUGUAGCUAUAAGUGGACUGUUGACACUUCAACUGCACUAGCAUUAUUGCACUUUUGGGUUAUUGUUAUUUUUAUUAAUAUAUUUGUAUACCUUACUACAUGGGAGCUCUAUCUUUAUAGUGUGUUAUGUAUGCUAUCAGGUACUUGUAUGCCAGUGGUGGUGGUGAUGCUCUAAACAUUUUGUUUGUUAACACUGUUGAACAAGGACAAUGAAAAAUCUAAUCUAGUGUGUGUGAAAAGUGAAACAAGAAAUACUCUUAAGCGUUUAUGCUCAACAUUGUGUUUCUAAGU